AUGAGCUUAUGUAUUAAGGCUAGGGUCCGGCUUCCGUCUCGUGGGCAGGUUCGAAUCCCGGCACCGAUUGAUGAUAGGAAAUAUAGAAAAGAAACAUCUGUCGAUGAUCUUAAACUCAUUCAAGUUGGACUCACACUUUCGGAUUCUGAGGGAAACCUUCCUGACUUUGGAACCAAUAACAGUUACAUCUGGGAGUUUAACUUCUGUGAUUUUGACGUCAAUCAUGAUCUCUGUAAUCAAGAUUCCAUUGAUAUGCUCCGCCGUCAAGGGAUUAAUUUUGAGCGCAAUUUAUUUCACGGUGUGGAUUCAAAGCUUUUCGCUGAACUAAUGUUCUCGUGGAUACUUGUUUAUAACGAUUUUGUUACUUGGAUCACGUUUAGUAGCGCUUAUGAUUUUGGAUAUUUGGUGAAGAUCCUGACCGGAAUGAAUUUACCAAACCUGUUAGAGGAUUUUUUGAAAAUGGUUGAAGUAUUGUUUGGAAAAAGUGUUUAUGACAUGAAAUAUAUGAUGAAGUCCUGCAACUCUCUUUAUGGUGGUCUCGAGCGGGUAGCUACUACGCUUGAUGUGUGUCGGGCAGUUGGAAAUGCUCAUCAAGCUGCAUCAGAUAGUUUGUUGACGUGGCAUGUAUUCGACAAAAUGAUAAAGACUUAUUUUAAGGAUGACGAAGCUGCCAAACAUGCCGGAGUGUUGUUUGGAUUAGAAAUUACAGCUUAG